AUGGCUGCUGCCAACUUGCUGAUUCUUCGUUACUUCACUCUGAUUACUACUUGGCUACAGCUUGCAUUGAAGCCCAAGGAAGAAUUUGACGAAUGGCUCACUGAUGGUACGAUUAUAACAACCUGGUGGAGUUUGGCUCAACGCCGUCGAGAUGCGCCUUUGUACGAUUGCGGGAUCGCAGAGGACUCAAACUCUGGAUCAAUGCGUGGAAACGUAGAUGAAUUCGAGGAUGCGCUUGAAUACAGCGAAGGAUUCGCAGAAAACACCAUUUAUGAAAUGCAGAACAGUACGUCCUAUAAUCGAAAUAGACUCCAGUCAGUAUAUGCGUCCGGGUGCUUCGUUGCCACUUCUCAAGCUGACAGUGAGAGGUCUUUUCUACCGUCAUACGUCAGCAUUCCGACGGAAUUCUCUGCUUCACGUCGUGAUCGCCUUAACGCGCUAAGGUGUAGGAUGCGGGAGGAGUUUGGCGCCAAGGAUGCGACAUUCUCAUCACCAACUACAGUUGAUUGGGAUUCUUUGAGCAUCGCAAGCGAAGGAACUAGCCUUCAUUCAUGGCAUCGUCGUGUUCUUGCCGAAACACAAACUAUAAUUGUCCAUCCUUCUGACAGCAUGAGUACUAAAGCUGGACUUCCCUUCCCAUCUUCGCUCCUGUUCUCGGACACCCGCAAGACAGCUGGACAUCAUGAGACAGAUUCCUCUACGUGGGCCACUAUGCAUCCCACAUCUACUGUUCACACUACACUAUUGUCGACAAUAUCGUCUGCUGGUCCUCCACCUAAUCAUCCCCCACCACCAUUACCACCGGUGGAAUCGGAACGAUACAUGAACACCGAUUUUCGUUCUCCACCUCCACUUCCGCCCAGGAAUCGUGCCGUUCGAUUGUUGGGAUCUGUUGUCGCUGGUUCUUUGUCAAAUUCUUCAGAAGACAAAAACAGAAAAGAGUCUCCUGAUUCCGGAGGAAAGCCUGGUACGGUAGCGCCAGGUAGGACGGGGUUGCAGGAGUCAUGUAGGCUACCAAAACGGAAAAGGACUAGGAUGGCGAUCUGUACUUAUAACGCACGUACGCUUGCAUCGGAAGCGGCCAUCGAAGAUCUGAUGAUGCAAGCCAAGAAGAUCAAGUACGACGUCAUCGGACUGACCGAGACGAGACGACGUCACCCUCUCAACGCCGUAUAUGAAACUGGAGAAGAACUGUUCUAA